AUGGCUCCACGGUCGUGGUCUAGCGGCUUGACGGGUUAUUUCGUCUACAUCCUCCUGGUCGCGACACUCGGCCCGCUGCUCUUUGGCUUCCACCUCAUGAACCCCACGCAAUGGGGCGUCGUGGGAUCCAUGUUCACCCUGGGAGGCCUGGUCGGAGCGCUUUCGUCGGGCAUCAUGGCCAGCAGAUAUGGCCGCCUCAGGACCAUGCAGAUGACCACCGUCUUCUUCGCCAUCGGCCCCGUGUUCGAGGCCCUCAGCCUCAACAUGGGCGUCAUGGCCUUUGGCCGACUGCUGUCCGGUGUAGGCGCAGGAGCUUCCGUGGUCAUUGUGCCCCUCUACAUCUCCGAGAUCGCACCACCAGCCCAAAAGGGCUUCUUCGGGGCCUUUACGCAGAUCAUGUGCAACGUUGGCAUUCUCAUCACGCAACUGCUGGGCUACUUCUUGAGCCACGACUCGUACUGGAGGGUAGUACUGGCUAUUGGUGGCGUUGUUGGCAUUGCUCAGGCCCUGGGACUGCUGCUGUCGGUCGAGAGCCCCAAGUACACGGCUGAGCAGGGUAACGUCACGCUCGCGAGGCGGACGUUGCGCAAGAUCAGAGGCGAGGAGGCCAACAUUGACGAUGAAGUGAGUGGCUGGGGCGAUGCAGGUUCGGAGCAUGUCAACGCAGAGGAACAGGCGCUUCUGAACAAUCAAGGCCGCCCUUCGCAGCAAACUCGGAAACCAGCUGGCAAAGAAGAGACGCUCAGCAUCAUGCAGGUUUUCCGUCACCCCGACUACAAGAGCGCCGCCAUGGCAGUCAUCAUGGUGAUGCUGGCGCAGCAGUUCAGCGGCAUCAACAGCAUCGUCAUGUACGGUGUAUCCCUCUUAGCUGGCCUGCUUGAAUCCAACUCUGCCCUCCUCAAUCUCGCCGUCUCGGCGCUCAACAUCAUCGUCACGGCCGGAUGCGCGCCUCUCUCCGACAAACUAGGCCGCAAGACAUGCCUCCUGAGCUCCAUCGCCGGCAUGGGAGUCAGCUCCCUGCUCCUCGCUGUGAGCAUCAUCAAGGCGAUGCCUGCUCUGUCCGCCGUCGCUGUGCUGCUGUUUGUUUCGAGUUUCGGUCUGGGCCUCGGCCCGGUGCCUUUUAUCUUGGCAAGCGAACUCGUGGGUCCGGAUGCCGUUGAUGCGACGCAGAGCAUUGCGCUUGGAGCCAACUGGAUCGCCACGUUCAUUGUCGCGCAGUUCUUCCCGCUGGCGAGCGCGAAGCUGCACGGCAAGGUCUAUUUCAUCUUUGCGGCGCUGUCUGCUUUCUUCUUCGCGUUCAUAUCUUGGUACGUGCCAGAGACCAAGGGCAAGAAGAACGCCGACGAGCAUGCCGACGGCUUCGACUUCCCCGCCAGCGGGCAGGAUGCAGAGCCGGAUGCGCUCCACCGUGUCGUGUCGCACGAGCCCCCGCCGUCGAUGAUCUCGCCGGCCUUCACCCCCCCAGCGACGCCGGGCACCUCGACACCCUCACACCCGCGCCCGCCCCGCUCCGUGCCUGUUGACACGUCCAUGGCGGCGGCCUCCCCACGGCCUGAGCUGCUGCAGAAGCUGCCCGAGGUAGAGUGCGAGGUGCGCGCCCGCAUCCCCACCACCACGGGACACGAGAUGUGGCUGCAUGUCUACCGGAACAGCGUCGACACGAAAGAGCACCUCGCAAUCGUCUUUGGCAGUGGAAUCCGGUCGAGGUCGCUGGAUGCCGAGCGGCCUGGCGAGACCGAGCUCGACCGCAUGACGAGGGGUGCUUACGUCGGCCGCCUCUACCCCGGCCGAACGAGCUCGCGCAUCGAGCAGAUCAAACGAGCAGAAGGCGUGGCCACGAAACGGAAGCCAGCAGAGCACGCCGACGCCAGCAACGGGCUCCUCUCCCCCUCCUCGGCGUCCUCCGAAGACGGUGACGCCCAGUACAUCUCCGCCUCCGACCUCCCCCUCGUGCGCAUCCACUCCGAAUGCUACACCGGCGAGACCGUCUGGUCUGCACGCUGUGACUGCGGUGAGCAGCUCGACGAGGCUGCGCGUCUCAUGGCCGACCCCACACUCUCCCCCUCCGGCGGUGCAGUUAUAUACUUGCGCCAAGAAGGCCGCGGCAUCGGCCUGGGUGAGAAGCUCAAAGCAUACAAUCUCCAAGAUCUGGGGAACGAUACAUACGAGGCGAACAUCAUGCUGCGACAUCCCGCCGACGCGAGAAGUUACGGGCUUGCCACGGCCAUGCUCAUGGAUCUGGGGCUUGAUGGCGAGAGGGGCAUUCGUCUGUUGACGAACAACCCGGACAAAGUGCAUGCGGUCGAAGGGCCGAGACGGGAGGUUGUCGUCAGAGAACGCGUCGCCAUGGUGCCCAUUGCGUGGAAGACGGGCGGUGAGAAGGGCAUCAAUAGCGAGGAGGUGGAGAAGUAUUUGAGCACCAAGAUUGAGAAGUUCAAGCACAUGCUAGAUCAGAAGUGA